AAUAAAGCCGAUAAACAGCCCUCCUGCUGAUACGUUCUAAGUACGAUGGAUGUCCUAAUGCUGUUAUUGCUCGUUGCUGCUACACUAGCUGAGACGAAUACCGGAAGUUGUAAGGACAUGUUACAGGGUUAUAUGACAGGGCAAUUGUCGUCUGCUCUAGGAGCGUACCAGGUAGAAGCUUUGAGGCGGGAAUUCAAAAGUUUUAGUGACGUCAUCGAGAAAUCCAUAAAUGAGUUUAAAGAAAACAUAAAGUCUGAAGUAAAGACAAACUCCGGUAACAGUAGUGUAGUUUACACCAGAUGGGGAAAGAAAACUUGUCCUCUCAACGCCGAAUUGGUUUUUUCAGGGCUUACUGGAGGAUCUCAUUUUAAUCACAAAGGAGCAGCAGUGGAACCUCUCUGUUUACCGAGAGAUCCAGAAUGGGGGAUGUACACUGAUGGGUAUGAUGGAGACAAAAAUUACGUUUAUGGCGCAGAAUACGAAACACAAACUUUUAAAGGCAACAUUAAAACAGUCCAUAAUCACGAUGUUCCAUGCGCCGUUUGUCUGGUUCGUCGAAAAUCCGUUGUUCAGAUGUUUCCAGCAAGGAAAACCUGUUUCAAAGGAUGGACAUUAGAGUACCACGGCUACCUUAUGGCGGGUCACCAUAAUCAUGCCGCUGGAACAUCCUACACUUGUGUUGACAGUCAUCCAGACACCUUGCACGGUGGUUCUUCAGAUAAAGAUGGUAGACUGUUUUAUCUCGUUGAGGCUGCAUGCGGAUCCUUGAAGUGCCCUCCUUUUGUUUCUGGAAAAGAACUAGUGUGCGCUGUUUGUUCAAAAGAAUAAUAAAACAAUAAUAAAAUAAUAAAAUUAAA